GUCAGUGGCUUCCAGCCUUGUGCAGAAACAAAACCAAAAAGCAAGCCCUUCGUUUGUGCAGAAGCAAAAUCCAGAUGUAGAAGCUAAAACGAAAUAGAGCAGGCGAAGUCACCGUCGGCCAACUGCCUUCCCGAUCCCAACCGUCGAUGACUCCACAACUACCUCCCCGAUCUCAGCCCUUCGCCGCUCACCUCCUUCUUCCAUCAACAGAACAGAUCUGCCUCUCCUCCGCCAGUCAUCAUCCUCUCCACCAGUCAUCAUCCUCUCCACCAGUCAUCAUCCUCUCCACCAGUCAUCGUCCUCUCCGCCAGUCAUCGUCCUCUCCUUCACUAGUCAUCGUGCUCUCCUCCGCUAGUCAUCGUCCUCUCCUUCGCCAGUCAUCGUCCUCUCCUCCGCCAGUCAUCGUCCUCUCUGCUCACCUCUUUAAAAAAGCUGUUUACCUUUUUUAGUCAAUCGGUUGAAUUGGUCGGGUGAACUGGUUCAACCGAUUGAACCGAACUCGGUGGCCAAAACGGGCCAACCACCGGACCGGAUCCAAAAACAAUGCUUAGAAGCCUCCGGCUUCUUGAGCUUUUUUGGUGCUUGGAAGCCCUUUGGCUUCACAAGCAUGAUGGAGUCGGUCAAUCGUGCUUCUUUUGUCUGGUGAUCACCUUGCGUGGUUUGCCGGCUUCUUUUGUGGCCCCUUUGGGUGGUCUCUGUUUUCUUUCAUUUUAUGUUGCUUGUUUUCUUUCAUUUUAUGUUGCUUGUUUUCUUUUUGUUUUCAGAUCUGGUGGCCAACAGAACGAAAAAGGAGAAAUUACCAGUUGAUCACUGCUUGUUUUGAUCUCCAAGCCACGACAUCUGGAGUGUGGAUUUAUCUGUUUAAUGAGUAGAUUGAAGAAUGUCCAAUGCUUGCCGAAACAUUCACCAAAAAAAUUUGUAAAUUUGUCUUUUUAGAAGUUGUUUGUGUGAUUUCAGUACCCUUCUUUAUAUUUGUUGAACUUGAUUUACUUUAAAUUUUAAUUCCAACUGUGUUUUAUUGGUUUGUCAUUAAUUUUUAUCAACAAAAUAAAAAUUUUUAUAUAGA